UUCUUGACCAGACAUAAAAUGACAGUAUCAACAACAUCGACAGCCCCGGCAGCCGCUCUCGGUGUGCUCCCAAGAGCCGACGGGUCUGCAAAAUAUUCACAUGCCGGAUACACAGUCACGGCCUCAGUCAACGGACCCAUCGAAGCUCAGCGAAGAGAUGAGCAUCCCUAUGAGGCACACGUUGACGUUAUCGUACGACCGGCCGCAGGGGUCGGAGGCACAAGAGAACGUCACCUCGAGUCCAUUCUCCAAUCCUCACUCUCACAGAUCAUUCUCGUCAAGAACUUCCCUCGCUCUCUCAUCCAGAUUGUCCUCCAAGUCGAAGACUCGCCAGAAAACGACUAUGUGAACACCAAGCUUGUUCAGGCCAGCCUGAACUUUUCCAUCAUGCCAGCCCUGUUUCAAACAGCUGUUCUCGCGCUCUUGUCGGCAGGUGUACCCAUCAGGGCAACGGCGACGGCGACGGCUGUUGCUAUUGUUCCCCAGGAUGGUACCAAGAGAAGUGUGGUUGAUCCAUCACCACGAGAUGUCGAGAUUGCCCAGUCUGUCCAUGUGCUGGCUUUUACGUCUCACGAUGAGCUGUUGCUUGCUGAGAGUGAAGGAGACUUUACUGUCAAGGAAUGGGAUGAUGUCUACGAAACGGCCAAGGACGUAUGUUGUCGCCCAGUACCGACCAAGGAAGGGAUGGAAAUGGUGCUCGACGACGAACACACCAACGGCCCGGAUCUGCGCCACUUCUUGCGGUCUACCAUGGAGAACAAGGUGGCAUCUGAUCUCCAUUGGAAGUGA